UUGAGCUGGCAUCGCUGACUCGUUGUGUGUGAGCAAUAGACUUUCAGUAUGUCUUCUCAGAUGGAGGAAAUGGCACCAGCAGCACCAGGUACACCAUCAGCACCUGCAAAACCAGCAGCCAAUAAGAAAAAGUCACCUGCCAGUAAAGCCAAGCAGGUCGUAAAGCCUAACUCUGCAAGGAAAAAGCCCAAGAAGAGCAAAGGGCCUGGAAAGUACAGCCAGCUGGUGAUCGAUACCAUAAGGAGUUUGGGGGAGAGAGGCGGCUCGUCUCUGGUGAGGAUCUAUAAAGAGGCGCGGAAGGAGAGCUGGUUCGAUCAGCAGCACGGGCGCGUGUACCUGCGCUCCUCCAUCCGCGCGCUGCUGCUUAACGACACGCUCGUGCAGGUGAAGGGACUCGGAGCUAACGGCUCCUUCAAACUCAACAAAAACAAAGUCAAGACCAAGGAAACAUCAGCUAAACCGAGGAAGACUGCAAAACCCAGCAAAAAGCCAUCUGAUAAAGCCGGGGAGAAGAAGACAGGCGUGAAGAAGACCACCUCAGCCGUCAAGAAACCCUCCAAAGCAAAGAAAACGGGUAAAAAGCCAGAAGUCUCUGCUGCAAAGAAGAAGAAAAAGGUGGCCAAGACCAAGAAGAUCAAGCAGAUUAAAAAAACUCACCAAAAGUCGUAAACUAUUUUUGGAACCUACAGCCAUUAUUCUCUCAUGAUCGUUUGGUCUGAUUGCUUUAGAUUACACAACUAUGCAAAUGUAAGAAAUUAAUGUACAUACAAACAGGCUUGCACUUUUAAAAUAUGCUUUUUUAUUUUAUUAAUGAGUAAAUUUACCUUCUUGUGAACUGUCUUAUAGUUGAAAGUGAAAAUUAAAUGCAAAAUAAAAAUAUGCUUUUUUUAUUUUUAUUUUUUUAACCAAUGAUUAAAUUUACCUUCUUGUGAACUGUCUUAUAGUUGAAAGUGAAAAUUAAAUACAAAAUAAAAAUAUGCUUUUUUUUAUUUUUAUUUUUUUAUAACAAUGAUUAAAUUUACCUUCUUGUGAACUGUCUUAUAGUAAAAAGUGAAAAUUAAAUACAAAAUAAAAAUGUUAUGUUGUUUUAUUCCUAAA